UGUAAGAGAUUUCUCUUUAUUACAGAUUACGCUCUCGAAUUUCCAACCUCUGUAGUUGAUAACUAUGUCAACAUCUGGGGCAUGCCAAGUUUGACCGAGUUGACGGUAUGUUCAUGGAUGAAAUCAAGUGAUCGCAAAAACGAUGGCACGGUGUUUAGCUACGCUGUUCCUGGAAUGGACAACGAAUUUAUCAUCUACAACUAUAAAAAUUUUCAAAUCUUUGUCAAUGGAGCUAACCGGUGAGAAGAACAUUUUUCCAGUUUUCAGAUGACAUGUCCUUUUUUGUAAUUUAUUAGUUUUAAAGUGCCAGGAGCCCAUGACAUAAAUAUUCUUCAAGCGAAAGUGCUAUUGCUACGAGAGCUUGUGCGAAAAAAAGUUGCGAUUUGAACUCAACGGGGAAAUUCUUUCGUAUGCCUCUCAAAAGCCUCUGGGAAACAAAGGAGCUAUGACGUAGAUUAGGGAUCAUGACGGGAAUAAAGCGACACACGGCUUUACAACAACAAGUGUGGAGUUCUAGAAAUACUUCUUCCAAUUCACUAAAACAGCUGUUAAAAAGUGAAACGUGCCAAUAAGAUACGUUGCAGUUAGAUGUAACAACAUUGGCGACCCCAAGAAAGAGAUAAGCAAAGAUCGUGCAUUAAAUCUUGUUUUUGAGUUCCUCAAAUUGUCUCAUGACGUCACUUAAGAGUCUUUCACUUCCGUUAGCUGCGGAACAGUUAUGCAGAAGAAAUUGUUCAUAACGCAAAAUGUUUUCGAAUAAGCUAUUGUGGCAAUGUGCUCUUUCGGUUAACAUAACAUACAUUGUUACGUUAUGAGCUCUUCAAAAACGUCCAGGCUGUGACAGCUAUUAGUGCAGCUGAUUGUUACUGGUCGCAACUUAUUACCUUAAGCUCCACCAUGGUCAGUACUUAAACAAGAUCGUGCUCAGUUUUAAUGACACUCAUUUAUUUCUCUAAAGUUAUUUUGUUAUAUUUAUCAGCUGCCUCAGUAUAAUCAGUGACGCAGCUUAAGCUUGAUAACGCGGUGGUCCUGAUGUCAUUGUAAUGGAGUUGAAUUUGUUGUUUCUACUCGGUCUCUACCAGACGGGUUUCUCCAAGUGAACCUGUUUUGAUAGGCUCAUCGGGCGAGAGAGACUGAGAGAGUUUGUUGAGAGAGACUAUUAGUUACACUGCUUGAGAUUGGUGCUUGAUGAACUUUACAUACCGUAAAUGAUCUAAUAGACGCCCAAGGCAUCUAUUUUUUUUUUAAUUUUGGGACCCCAAGCGGAGGCGUUUAAGAGAGAGAGCCCUUUAAUCUCAUAACUCUAAUAAACUCACAAAACUAAUACCACAGUAUAUAAAUAGCAGACUAUAGUCCAUCCAUCGAUAUAUCUAAAUCAAUGUGUUUUUUAAACCUCGACUUUCGAAUUCAGAAUCCCUUACCUUGAACGUGUCGUUCAGAACAAGAUGCAAUGCACAAACAUUCUUGGUGGUUUCUUGUUCUUUCUUUUCACGUGUUUAAAUGUAUUGACAUUUUCAUUACAGUGUAACCUCUCAAUCAGCAAAUGACGGUAAAUGGCACCAUAUCUGUCAGUCAUGGGAGAACAAAGGAGGUUCGUGGAAGUUAUACAAAGAUGGGGUCGUUGCAUCUCAGGGAACUAGUUUAAAAAGUGGUCAUGUUAUAAAGGCAGGAGGAUCCAUAACGCUUGGUCAAGAGCAAGAUUCUCUUGGAGGUGGCUUCUCAGCAGCACAGAGCUUUGUGGGAAUGAUGACAAACGUCAACGUCUGGGAUCACGUGCUGUCCAUUGCACAAAUUGAGCAGAUGUCAAAAUCGUGCCUGUCAGGGGAGGGGAACGUCUACAAGUGGUCGGAUUUUAUUCAUGGUCGCGAAGGGAAAGUCAGAGUUGUUAUUCCGUCUCCUUGUAAACCGCUUAGUGCUUAG